UCUAUUCGUAUUCAAUGGCGCAUUUAAGGUUAGUAAUACUUACAUGCAUGUAACGUUUCUAUGAUGGGCCCGAUAAGUAGUUCAUUGCGGCAAGGUGGAGUUGUACUACAGUCCAGUGGGCAUCACUGCGAUCUACGUCCAGAAGCAUAGGAUAGGCCGCACAUGACGACGGCACCUUCCGCCCCCAAUCUCGCCAUCUUCCGCAGUUAUGCGUCCAAACCUAAUCCAACGACUCUACCACCAUCGAUCCUACUCUCUCACUCAGACACAUGUCUGACAGUCUUCGAUGCGUUCCCCAAAUCCAUCUUUCACUUUUUGGUCAUACCCCGAAUCCAGCCGCCAUUGAGUGCACGCCAUCUCACAGACUUGCGUUCUUUGCUUCGAUGCGAGAAAAGCGCCGCGAAGGAGGUGCUUAUGAACUUGAACGAGGAAGCGAAUAACGUGAAGAAAAUGAUUGAGGAAGAGAUGAUGAAAUUGUAUAAGUUUAAGUGGGAGAUUUGGGUGGGGUUUCACCCAAUUUCGAGCAUGGAACACCUCCAUUUGCAUGUACUUUCUGCGGACCUGUGUUCUCCGAAGAUGAAGAUGAAGAAGCACUACAACUCGUUUCAUCCUAGCCUGGGGUUCUUUCUGCAUUUGAAAGAUGUUCUUUCGUGGUUCGAUGCUGAGCCUUCGUAUUAUCGAAGGAUGAUCAAGCUUGAUGCCAGCCAAUAUGAGUCGCUAUUGAAGGAUAGCGGCCUUUAUUGCUGGAAGUGCGACCGUGCCCUGGAGAGCAUGCCCAGGUUGAAGGCACAUCUACAAGAGGAUUUCGAUACGCUGACGACGAGAGAGAAGGCGAAGCUGGAAAGGAAAAGGAAACGUACUGAUGUACCCGCUUCAUCCACGCAAGCAUUGGCGACCGAUGAUGAGCGACCCGAGAAGGUUGUUCGUUUGACGCCUAGCCAAGGUGAUGGCUCCAGCGAUUCAACUGUAGGUGGCGACCUACAAUCGUAAAUAGGUCAUCGGUUCAGUCUUUCCUGCGGCUACAUCAUAAUGACAUUC